GUGCGGUGUGGUCACACUGUAAGACGCGUCGGACUUUUGGUUUUCAUCUUUUUAAUUUUUUUCUAAAAUUAGCGUACAAAAAUUGAGACAUUUUAAAAGCAGAUGACCGUAGAAAAAGAUCAAUAACAUCGGCCACGAAGUUUGAAGUAAAAUUUGGCAGUGCACUAGCAUCUUUUCCUGGCCGAGAUGUGUUUGUGUGAGUGAAAGAAAUUCCAGCAAUGCGCAGCAUAAUACCAAUACACACAGACCGCCUUAGUUUCUCUAUGCAAAAGUGUGUACGCAUAAAAUAACAGCUCGGAAAUUUAUACUGCAGCUUUAUAAAGUGCAUAUAAUUAGCAAGUGCACCGACGUAAACAAAGCCCAUUGAGUACCCCUCUAGAUCCCGAAAAAAACCCAUUGAACGGCAGAAACACGUCCAUAUUUAAUGUCUGUGUGAGAUGCUGUUUGAUGAUUGUAUGUUUGAAUCUGCAGGCUAGGUUCAUCACAUAUCACAUCUAACGGGGUUGGCAUGCCGUUGUAGGCAGAAUCCAUAGCAAAAUCUACGCCUCAUGGAUCCGUAUUACCAUAUCAGACAUCAUUAUCCACCCACAAGCAUAGCAGGCUCAGGAGCGGUGGUGGGCAGCUCGUCGACAAUCAACCGUCCGGAACUGCAUCAAAAAUGCAACCGAGGUUCGCACUCCAGUGACACUAGUUCUGCGUACAGCGGUAGUGACACAAUGGCCUCGAACUAUGCCUCGUCUUUGGAGGCCGAGGAGAUUGACCUUUCCGGCUUGGUGGAAUCCGUCGUAGACUCUGACGAGGAGGAUCUAGCGGAAAGCAUGGAUAGUCUAACUGUUCGUGAUGCAGUCCGUGACUGCCUGGAGAAGGAUCCGGCGGAGCGCAGCGAGGAGGAUGUGGAAGUGCUGCUCGAGUUUACGCAGGGUUUGAAAGCGUUUACAAACAUCACACUAGCCGUACGACGAGCGCUGUGUUCCGUGAUGGUAUUUGCCGUGGUGGACAAGGCCGGAACAGUGGUAAUGUCAGAUGGUGAAGAACUAGACUCAUGGUCGGUGCUAAUAAAUGGAGCAGUAGAAAUCGAGCAUGCACACGGCAGUCGCGAAGAACUGCAGAUGGGAGACUCUUUUGGCAUCCUUCCCACUAUGGACAAGCUGUACCACAGAGGUGUGAUGCGAACCAAGUGCGACGACUGUCAGUUUGUGUGCAUCACGCAGACGGACUACUACCGUAUUCAACAUCAAGGUGAGGAGAAUACACGUCGACAUGAAGACGACAAUGGGUUUGUGGUUAUGGUCACGGAGUUGCGAUCCAUUGGAAGCGGCGGCACCGACUCUGCUGGUGGUGGCGGGUCGACAACAGGAGCUUCUGCUUCGCUAAAUAUGAAACGCGGUCACGUCGUAAUUCGUGGCACUCCGGAGCGGCUGCUACAGCAGCUGGUCGAAGAAAACUCAAUGACCGACCCAACAUAUGUGGAGGACUUUUUGCUCACACAUCGCAUCUUUAUUAAUAACCCGCAAGAGGUGACCAGCAAGUUGUUGCAAUGGUUUGACCUAGAUCAGGUGGAUACACAUAAGACGCAAGAACUGCGGGAUCGCGUAACACGCGUGGUACUUCUUUGGGUGAACAACCACUUUACCGACUUUGAAGCGGACUAUGAAAUGAUGGAGUUUUUGGAAGUCUUUGAAGCACUUCUCGAGAGAAAAAAGUUACUAAGCCAACUGCGUCUUUUGCACAUAGCCUGUGCCGCAAAGGCCCGAAUGCGCAGCUGUACUCUUGCUCGAUCCUCACGCGACGAGCCGCUCAACUUCCGCAUCGUAGGCGGCUAUGAGCUUCGGGGAGUGGCCGCAGCCACAGGAAACGCAGCUGUCGGCAUAUACAUUUCACACGUUGAACCAAGUUCUAAGGCCCAAGAUGUAGGACUUAAGCGCGGCGAUCAGAUCCAUGAAGUAAAUGGCCAGUCUCUGGACCAUGUGACUAGCAAGAGAGCUCUCGAAAUCCUCACAGGUACCACACACUUAAGUAUCAGUGUAAAGAGCAAUCUACUUGGUUUCAAAGAGAUUAUGCAGGCUCUUGAGCAUGGCUGCGGUACCGCUGGAUCUGGAAGUAUUUCUGCGGGCAGCGGAAGCUUCAAGUCUUUAAGAAGCCCGCGCCGUAUCUGCGCCAAUGAUAUAGCAAAGCUGCACGGUCGCUCGGAUAGCACCACCGAUGAAUUAUCCAGCGUUAACGCGUCAAAUCGAGCUCAUAUGGUGCGACUUAGUUCCGUGGAUAUGCUACUCGACCAGCCGGACUGCGCUCCACCGCAAACCCCGCCCGUGUGUGGGACUGGAAACAUGGCCUCCAACUUUAUGCAGCAGCUCCUGCAAACCGUUAACAAUAGCUCGGCUAAAAAGUCGUCUGGAUCCGGUACCACCUCAAAUUCGGAUCACCACGACACGAAGGGCGGUUUUAUGACUUUGGCGCCCAAACGGCGUUUGCAGAAGGCGCUAGCAAAGAUGAACUUGCUCAAUAAACAACAUCACGGAAGCAGCCUAAAUGAUUCCUCGGAUACGCUGCUAAACGAUCCCAAGUCAAAACUCUCUGCAGCCACCUCAUGCAGUAGUUCAAAUCAGUCCUCGAUCAACGGCUGUACAAUUAGUGGGAGUGGCCGACUCUACCAAUCCCAAUCAAAUCCUGAUUUAACUAGCCUCAACUAUGAAGGAGGUAGUGAAACGGGGGGAAAUGAUGACGGAAGGUUACAGGUAAACUACCUGGGUGCCCAUAUUCACCGGCCAUCAGCGACUAGUACCUUAACCACAAAUUCGACACAAUCGCACCUUCUCCCCGACUUUCCGGAUCACGUGCUAAAGGUAUACAAGGCAGACCAGACAUGCAAAUACGUGCUUAUCUACAAGGAGACAACGGCCCAUGAGGUUGUAAUGCUAACACUUCAGGAGUUUGGAAUUCACGACCCAAGUUCAAAUUUUUCGCUAUGCGAAGUAAGUGUAGGCGACGGAGGGAUGGUAAAGCAGCGCCGGCUGCCCGAUCAGCUGCAGAAUUUGGCAGAGCGAAUAAGCUUUGCGGCACGCUACUAUCUCAAACUAAACGAUAGCACCGAGCCGUUAGUUCCAGACGAACUGGCCUUAGAGCUAGUUCGCGAGUCUAGUGUGCACUUCCUGCAGCUUAACGCAUACGAACUGGCCAUUCAAUUGACUCUACAGGACUUCGCAAAUUUUCGCCAGAUCGAGUCCACUGAAUAUGUGGACGAACUCUUCGAGUUACGCUCUCGCUACGGAGUGCCCAUGCUCAGCAAAUUUGCUGAGCUGGUCAAUCGCGAAAUGUUCUGGGUGGUGAGUGAGAUUUGCGCCGAGCACAACAUCGUUCGUCGCAUGAAAAUAGUUAAGCAGUUCAUCAAGAUUGCCCGCCAUUGCAAAGAGUGCCGUAACUUUAAUUCCAUGUUUGCAAUCGUUUCUGGCUUGGGACACGGUGCUGUUUCACGGCUGCGUCUUACGUGGGAAAAAUUGCCUUCCAAAUACCAAAGGUUGUUUAACGACCUACAAGACCUUAUGGAUCCCUCUCGCAACAUGAGCAAGUAUCGGCAACUAGUGUCCGCCGAGCUGUUGGCUCAGCAUCCCAUCAUACCUUUCUAUCCGAUCGUCAAGAAGGAUCUCACCUUUAUACACCUGGGCAAUGAUACAAGAGUGGAUGGUCUAAUCAACUUUGAGAAGCUGCGAAUGCUGGCCAAGGAGGUACGUCUCCUUACCCACAUGUGCAGUUCACCGUACGAUUUACUGUCCAUCCUUGAGCUCAAAGGACAAUCUCCAUCCAACGCACUAUUUUCUCUCAAUCAAAUGUCUGCCUCGCAGAGCAACGCUGCCGCCGGAACAGUUAUCGCGUCCAACGCCGGCCAGGCAACUAUCAAGCGGCGUAAAAAGUCGGCGGCGGCGCCUAACCCCAAGAAGAUGUUUGAGGAGGCGCAGAUGGUGCGUCGGGUAAAAGCAUACCUCAAUAGCCUCAAAAUACUCAGUGACGAGGACCUUCUGCACAAAUUUUCAUUAGAAUGCGAACCGGCGCACGGUUCCACCUACUCGGGCAGCAUCUCGCACGGCAACACCUCGCACCGAAGCGGAGGCGGAAGCAGCAUCAGUGGAGGAGUCAGCACAGGCGGAGGUGGCGGAGGCAGUUCCAGUCUAAAUGCCGGCGACCAAUUGAGCAUAUACUCUCAUACCAGCUCCAGUUCGGCACCGAACUCGUCUCUUUCGUUGCGUAAGAGGCAUCCAAGUUCGCCUACUCUUUCGACUACCAGUUCGACGAGUUCCACUAGUGAUCAUCAAAGGAGACAGAUAAACAAUAACGGUCCAAAGUUUGGUACAGCAUCGCCGCAGGCAGUCAAAAAGAUGCUAUCGCUGUCAGAGUCAUCCAAAAUUCGUCCACACCAGCCGUUUGUGCCGCGUCACGGUUCCGUUAUGGGUGGAGUUAUUCCGCCUCUACAUCACAUGCAUGCUGCGCAUGGCUUCAGCACACCAUUGGCGGGAGGAGUCACUUCGCCAGCGCCAAGUGUCGUGGGCAAUGCGCAGUGCACGCCGAGUCCUAGUCCCUGCUCCCAUAGACGUCUAGCAUCGGCAGGGAACAUAUUACCCGCACGCGCAAUUCACGAGCGAUCGCACUCGGAUACCCCAGCUCCGCCGCCGCCAUUACCUUCGCUUGAUUUGUCUCUCGAGAGCAGUAGUGUGACUACGUUUCGCGAUUUACCGUUGCGCAAAUCCGUAACUUCCGGUUCGAUAUCUUCCUGUGACAGCGGUUACGUGCAUCAGCAGCAGCAUUAUAACUUGCAGUACCAGCAUCAACACGAGCCAUCCCCACCAGUCUAUACUGCAGCCGACUGCCGGUUGCUGCAGCAAAUAUCGAACAACGCGGUGACCCGCAACUUGAACAGCCCAUGUCAGGGAUCAAAUACCCCACCCAGCACACCCACACUACCACCGAACCUGCCCACAUCAACCAUUCAGCUUUCUGCACUGCCGACGUCUACAGCAUACAUGCACUUACGCAACCAGCAUCACCAGCUCCAGCAACAACAGCAAUCUUUGGCAAUGCCUCCUCCGCCUCCACCGCCAUACAAUUUGCCCCCCCUGGCCAAUCUCUACAGCCACCUCCAAGGCAAUGCGGUCAGCAGGCACCUGAACCCCACGCAUGGUGGUCCACCGAGUUUUAUGGAUAGCACCAAGUGUACAAUAUGCCCUAUGCCACCCAUGAAUCAAUAAUGAAUUAAAUGUGCUGUUUUCACUGAUAUAUGGUUAUUAAAUUAGUCAUAAAAAGUUGCCAAAAUUUGUUAAUGGUUGUGGUUUCAAUAUCAUCAGGAAUCAAAUGCGACAACUUCAAUCACCUUUACCCCUUCAUUGGAGCAGCAAAAAUAUACAAGAAACCUUUGAUUUGCGUAUAUGGCUAAAUUUAUAAACAUACAAUUUAAAUUUAAUUAGCCUACGAUUUAUAUUUUAAUUUAGCUAAUUUCUUUGUACACAUUUUUCCCUCCCAUCAUUCACCGCCAGCGUAGAAGUUGCCUUUUCUCUUGAAAGAAAAUGUCUGCAGGCAGACUCCCUAAGCAGACCCACAUGAAACUCUUUUGAAGACUUUUCGGCGGCAUUUACAAAUGUAAAAACAGAACAAAAUAAUUGUAAUGCCCAGCUCAACAACGAGACGAUUAAUUGAUAUAGAAACACAAAAGAAUUCAACUCAAUCUUUAAUUCCAUAAAUGUAUACUUCUUUAAAUACUUAUAUACAAAUUGAUUUUACUACAUACUCCUUUACACGCUAUUUAUAUAAACAAAAAAACUUCGCUUCAAUUCCAAAUAUUUAGUUUUUAAGCCAAAAGAGAAAAAGACAAAACAUUUAUUCGAAUAUAUUUUUUUGAAAAUUCGUACCCAACAAAUCAAAGGAAGAAGAGUGGUAAACAAAUGCAAUAUUUGUGUAAAGAAUUAUACAAAACCUAACAAUACCUAGACUAGCCCACAGGAAUAAAAAUAAAUCAUAAAAGUAAAAUUGGCUCGAAGGAAAAAAAAGACAAAACAAGACAACCAUUAAAAACUUUGGUCGAAAAAACUUUUUUUUUAAGUAGCCCACCUUUUCUGAUAUAUUUUGGGUCGCUGAGUCCAACAAUUACAAAUUAAAAAUGUUUUAACUGCACGUUUCCACGUGGUAUUUGCAAUAUACAGCAAAAAUAGAGGUCGAAUCACUCAUUUAAGGACUCAACGAUUUAGAAUAACCCGAAAAGGUGAGUUUUUAAAAAAAAAGGCAUUUUAUUGAUAAGAUUUGGUUGACAGUAUAAGCUUUUUUGAUCGUGUUUUUCUUACACUAAAAAACAAUAAUAUAAAUAUUUGUGUGUGCAUGAAUGCCUGUUAUUUACAUAGACAUAUAAAAUAUAUAUAUUAUACAACCUAC